AUCUGGCUGUGCUGCGACAGCCGGUGAGAAGGCUGGGAAGAUGGCGGCCUCCUGGAGGCUAGGCUGUGACCUGCGGAUGCUGCGCUAUCUCCAAGGCUUCGGCUGCCGGCGAGGCCUGGGGCUAGUUAAGGGAGCUGGUGGGUGGACUGCUGGCCGCGGAGCUAGUUGGAGAUGGUUUCACAGCACUCAGUGGCUACCAGCUGAUCCUAUAAAGAUCCUGAUGCCCUCCCUGUCUCCGACAAUGGAAGCAGGGAACCUCGUGAAAUGGCUAAAGAAGGAAGGUGAAGCUGUGAGUGCUGGAGAUGCUUUGUGUGAAAUAGAGACGGACAAAGCCGUGGUGACCCUAGAUGCCAAUGACGAUGGCAUCUUGGCCAAAAUAGUGGUUGAAGAAGGGUCUAAAAAUAUACGGCUGGGUUCACUAAUUGGUUUGCUAGUUGAAGAGGGAGAAGACUGGAAACAUGUUGAGAUUCCCAAAGAUGUAGGUCCUCCAGCAGCCGCUUCAAAACCAUCAGCACCUCGCCCCUCGCCAGAACCACCAAUUUCUGUCCCUGUCAAAAAGGAACACACACCAGGGAAAUUGCAGUUCCGUUUAAGUCCAGCUGCCCGUAAUAUUCUGGCCAAACACGCACUGGACGCCAGCCAGGGCACAGCCACUGGGCCUCGGGGGGUCUUCACGAAAGAGGAUGCCCUCAAGCUCGUCCAGUUGAAACAGAUGGGCAAGAUCCCUGAAUCCAGACCGACCCCGGCCCCUCCAGUAACCCCUGCUGCACCUUUGCCCUCACAGGCCACAGCCAGGCCAUCUCAUCCCCGGCCGAUGAUCCCAGCAGUGUCAACCCCUGGACAGCCUAACGCAGCGGGCACCUUUACUGAGAUCCCGGCCAGCAACAUUCGAAGAGUUAUUGCCAAGAGGUUAACUGAAUCUAAAAAUACUAUACCUCAUGCGUAUGCUACUGCUGACUGUGACGUCGGAGCCGUUUUAAAAGCUAGACAGAAACUGGUCAAAGAUGACAUUAAAGUCUCAGUAAAUGAUUUUAUCAUCAAGGCAGCAGCUGUUACCCUUAAACAAAUGCCAAGUGUCAAUGUCAGCUGGGAUGGAGACGGCCCGAAGCAGCUGCCCUUCAUCGACAUUUCGGUGGCUGUGGCCACAGAUAAAGGUCUGAUUACACCGAUCAUAAAGGAUGCUGCGGCUAAGGGCAUACAGGAGAUCGCCGACUCUGUGAAGGCUCUAUCAAAGAAAGCAAGAGAUGGAAAGUUGUUACCUGAAGAGUACCAAGGAGGAUCUUUCAGCAUUUCCAACCUGGGGAUGUUUGGCAUCGACGAAUUUACUGCCGUGAUCAACCCCCCUCAGGCCUGCAUCCUGGCCGUCGGGAGGUUCCGACCGGUGCUGAAGCUCACGCAGGAUGAGGAGGGGAAUGACCAGCUGCAGCAGCACCAGCUCAUCACGGUCACUAUGUCCAGUGACGGUCGGCUAGUGGACGACGAACUAGCUACCCGGUUUCUGGAAAGUUUUAAAGCAAACCUAGAGAAUCCUAUUCGACUGGCCUAGUUCUCAAAGACAGAACUGCUACCCAGAAACAUACACUAUAUGAAAAACAUUAGGUAUUUAAGUGUGAAAUGGAUGAAAUGUUUAUUUAUUUAAGCUGAAAGAGUUUGACCUGAGUUGUCGUCAUUUAUAAAGUGGGUUUAAUGUUGUAGAAAUAAAUGACAACAAACUGUAACUACAAUAAUUAAAAAAGAGAAUGUUUAGUUAGAUCCAUUUUUAAUCUUGGUGCUGUACAAAGGGAGCGUUAAACUAGAUGUAAGUUCAGUCAUAUGUUUGGCUCCUUGGAGCAUUUGAAAAUAUUUGAGAAUAUAUGAUAAACUGUAAACUUAAAAAAUUGUUACAAUUCUACUUGUGUUGACAUUGGAUGUGGUCUUCAAAGAAACACCCACUGAUUUAGCAGUGGGUCCUCACUUUUACAAGCACUGCUGUAGAUAUACUUGAACAAUUUAAUAUGUACAGAAGUUUAUUCUGGAUAACAGUACAUAAGGAUCACAUUGUGUUAGGGGUUGCGGCAACAUUAUUGAAUUUUUUAUGUAUAUAAAGCCAUAUGUUUUAGAGUGCUUUCUAUCAUUCUUAUUUUUUACUCCUGUGAUACUGUGAACUUCUACAGAGGAAAAUUUUUUAAAUCAAAAAUGAAGAGAAAGAGACCAAAAAAAUUGUUUGUUUCAAUGGUAAACUAUAGUUUAAAUAUUUAAACCCUCAGAAAUAACUGCUCACCUUCAUACUAACUUGGAAUGUAUUAAAAUAAAUUAUGCUGUUUACUACCGAACAUUUUAAGUUAGUGUUGAUUUGAACACAAAAUGUUUCUUAUGCAUUUUAAUCAAGUUUGUAUUGUGCAAUAAGAUAGGACACAAAUUUAGUCAAACCUUUUUUUAUGAUUUUUUAAUUAUUUAUUUUUAGAGAGAGGGAAACGGAGAGAGAAAGAGAGGGAAAGAAACAUCAGUGCAAGAGAGAAACAUCGAUUGGUUGCCUCUCAUAUGUGCCCAGACGUGAGACCAAACCUGCAACCCAGGCAUGGGCCUUGACCAGGAAUCAAACCAGAGACCUUUUGCUUUGCAGGGCGAUGCCCAACCAACUGAACCAGGCUGGUCACAUCAGGGCAGUUUAGUGAAACCUGGAAAUGUAUUAGUAGUUUCCCUGGAACAGCUUACUGGGGACUCUACAAGAAGAGAGGAGGAAUUUGAAAUUAAUGACAUUAGGAAAAUAGUGGAUAUGGAAUGUAAAGAGAGUAGAAAAGAAGGUAUAUGAAGCGGGCGAGAACCAUCCUUGUUAUUCCAUCAAUGAUGCAAAGUUUUCACUCAUUACUAUAAAGGUUAGAAGAGUUUCCUUCUUUUAACAACUCUGCUAUUACCGGCCAGACAGUUGUACUGAAGUUGGCUUGUGGUAAGCGUCAGCUGACAUGAUUCACCCGAGGAAAGACUGUUUGGUACACGUGUGGUGUGACGUGAUGAACUUCACACUCUAGGAAAAGAGCAGCGCCUCCCAAAGUAAUUAGAAUGCUGGCCUAUGAAUUGUUAAGAAAAUGCUUAAUCCAAUUACUACAUUUUAACAAGCUGUUUUUUAAAAAUAGUCCUCAAAACUUUUCUCAUAUUCACAAUUUUCCUGAAAGUUUUAACCAACUACUACUUUUAAGAUCAGUUUUAUAUGUUAAUUAUUUUCAGUCAGUUUUAAGGGAAAUUGUUUUGUUGUUUUCCAGUUUUUAUACCUAAGGAAGACAGCAUGAGACAGCCACAAAUAACGCUUGGCUGGGGGUUCUGUUUUGUUUUCCGUGGGCUGAGGCGCACACCCCCCCCAGUGCCUCUGUCCCCUGUGGUCUAAUGGACCUCGGCCCCACCCCUGCCUGCCAUAAGGGGUUGCUGUGAACUGCACAGGGCAAACGCAGUGUAAGUUUAAGGCCUUUUCAUUCUUCUCUAACAUCGCAACCAGGCUUUUCAUAUGAUCAGUUGCUUCUCACACUUUCACUUCUCAGCUAUUGGUACAAAUGCUCGUUAUGCUGACUAAAAAGUGUUUUCUCUCAUAUUUGUAUACUGCUUAGGUUUGUGUGAGCAGAUUGUAAUUUCUGGUAAAAAAAGAAUUCAAGCGCAAAGUCGAAGAGGAACACUGACUGAAGAGAGAACUAUGGGAUGCGUGGUUUGGAUCCUGUAGAGAAAGAACCGUGGUGCCUGAGCAGGCUCUGCCCCACGUUUUAUAAAUGUUUUUAGUACUGAUAGGGAUCACGCCGAGAGGAUAUAAAAAUGAAAGUUUACUCCUGGUCACCGUUUUUCUCGUUUAAACGGGGAACGUGGCUAAAAUAGUGAGAAGACUUGUAAGGAAAAGGCACCGCACAUCCCAGUUAACACUUAGGCAGGACAGUGUCAGUGAAUAGUAGAAUUUAUAAGUCGAAAAAGCCCGCUUCUCCCUGCGCGCAUCUGCCUGUUAACAUUCCCGGGUGCCGCUUGUGCACCGACCGUCCUGCCAGACCCAGUGAGAGCACACGGCUGGCCAGACUCCCUGGUUUGGAGUAUUCCCAAGAAAUUUGUAUGUGCUGGUGCAAGCAUUUUAUAUAUAGUGCCAAGUGGAACUUGGAUUUCUGGAUUUUUUUUCUUUUUUGUAUUUUGGAUCUUGAUUUUAUUCUAUAUUGUGUAGGCCAACCUUUUAACAUGAUGCUAAAAGUAAACCUAGUUUCCUAACCUUUUAUUGAAAGGUAGGUGGUGCUGUGAGUUAAUGUAAUGUAGUUAGAGUAUGGGAGAAAAAUAAAAAUGGCAUUUAAAUUUUCAAGGAAAA